UGACGCACCGGUUGGCAAAUGGUCCGCUUUUCCCAGCGCUCAGUGAAGCCCAGAGUUCCUACUUACCGAGCUGUGACGUGGGCGGGAGGAGGUGUCCGCCGCGCGCUUAAAUACACGGGCUCCACUCCGGAGUUGAGACAGAAACACACAGCAGAGCAACCAGUAGCAUCUCCACUGACUAAAGACUUCUCCACCGCCUUUUACGCACAACCGUUUCCAGAGGGGAAAAAGCAGUCCACGCACUCAGGUGUAAUUAUGAUCAAGAAAAUGUCGCCGUCCGAAAGCGAGUUUGACAUCCCAGCCAAGAACUGCUACAGGAUGGUGAUACUGGGAUCCACCAAAGUUGGGAAAACAGCCAUCGUGUCCCGUUUCCUGAACGGGAGGUUCGAAGAGCAGUACACGCCGACCAUCGAGGACUUUCACAGGAAACUGUACAGCAUCAAGGGAGACGUUUACCAGCUGGACAUACUGGAUACAUCAGGGAACCACCCGUUCCCCGCCAUGAGGAGGCUAUCCAUACUGACAGGUGACGUGUUCAUUCUCGUCUUCAGUCUGGAUAACCGAGACUCCUUCCAGGAGGUGCAGCGGCUCAAGCGGCAGAUAUUCGAGACCAAGUCGUGCCUAAAGAACAAAAUCAAGGAGAACAUCGACGUGCCUCUGGUCAUCUGCGGGAACAAGGGCGACCGAGAGUUUUACCGCGAGGUGCAGCAGGAGGAGAUCGAGCAGCUGGUGGCCGGGGACGAGAAGUGCGCGUACUUCGAGAUCUCCGCCAAGCGCAACGAGAACGUCGACAAGAUGUUCCAGACUCUGUUUACCUUGGCCAAACUACCUCACGAAAUGAGCCCCGACCUUCACCGGAAAGUGUCCGUGCAGUACUGCGACAUGCUGCACAGAAAGUCCAUGAAAAGCAAGAAGAUGAAGGACAUUGGAGAGGCGUACGGCAUGGUGAACCCGUGCGCGCGGAGACCCAGCGUGCACAGCGACCUCAUGUACAUUAAGGAGAAGGCGAUAGGAGGCGGCCAGAGCAAAGACAAAGAGAGAUGUGUGAUCAGUUAAGAAGACUGGGAGGCACACUCAACUCGAAUAUUUGGAAGAAGAUGCAGGUGCGUCAGCUUGGGACGCGACCAGUGCGGCCGUGUGCGCUCAAACUGACACGGGAGGUGUGGUGUGGAGACACCGGGGCCGCCGCCGCCGCUGUCGCCGCGCGCUCUGGCGCCGUCUCCAAGGACACUGCUGGACACGCGAGUCCGCUUGAACUGCUAAAAAAACCAUUGCCCACUAGACAUGUGAUAAUGUUUGCUUGUUCUGUCCAUCAGAGCUCAAUGUGUGGCGUGGCUUUAUACUUUGUGAGACUCGUGCAUCGGUGCGUAAAAUGUGUUUUGUGAAAUCAUGCCGUGUACACAUGCAUCACACAGAGGGGAGAAAAGAGACUCUAAGGCUCAGGGGCUGGAGUUAACGUUUACAUCGUAUCCUAUAUUUUAUAAUGGCUACUUGAAUGUUUCGUUGCAAUCUGAAAUUUUUUUUUAUUGUGAAUGUACAGUAUAUUUAUUGUCAAUAUCAAUUUUUUGCAAAGAAGUCGUAAUAUAAUAAAAAAAAAAUCAACUAAAA